AUGAUUCUGCAGGCUACUUUUGCGCAAAAGCCGCGCCACUUACCUGAUCUCCUGGGUGAUGCUGAUCGGCUCCAAUCCGCCUGCGGUAAGGAGUGUCAGGUUGACAUCAUCGCUAACAAUCUUCAAGUGACGCAGGAGAAUCUCUUCAAGGACUGGGAGCUUGUGCCUGGAUGGACUUGGAAGCCUGAGGAGAAGGAGCAUUGCUGCAAUAUUCUCUAA